UGAAAUGACUCCCUCCUCCUUAUCCGUCCCGCGGUUCACCGUCAAGCCCCAAGUUUGAUCGGCCACAACUCGCGGCCUCCAACCACCCGGCACCGACCGCCGAUCUCUCUCUCUCUCUCUGAAACUCGCUCUUCCGACGGCCGCGGACGAUCAACUUCGGCUCUCUCGCCCGCUCCUUCGCGAAAAAAGCAGGCGUCGUCGAUCCCCUCGAGACGAUACAGCGGGACGCGGAGGCGGAGGCGGUGGGAAGCAUGGGGACCUCGUCGGAGCCUCCUAUUUGGGGAGACAUCGACGUCUGCGAGAGCUACCUGGUGUGCUCUAUGUACGAGGAGGCGGCUUCGUUGGCUUCCUCCGUUCUGGAGCGUCUCCGUCGGGACGAGGGUGAUCUCGCUGGAGGAGAAGCGGGAGACGGCCUUUCGCAGCUGCACGACAUGAUGGGAUCGGCUGGGAUGGUGUUAGUGCAGUCUUUGAAAGAAAUGGGCAGGACAGCAGAAAUUCUGCAUAAGCUAAGGGAAUUGUUCGGUUCUGUUGCUGCCAUCCCCGUUGAAGUCCUCCAAAUUGGGGUCUGUCUGCAGAUUUCAGAAGGUUUUCCAGGGGUUCAAGAACUUCUAGAGGAGUUCCUUAGCAACUGGAGCUGUGUGGAUGAGAAAUAUUACAGUCCUGUCAAUGCAGAGGCAAAUGUUAAUUGCACGGAAAUCUGUGAUGGGCAUUUUGUUUUGGGAGUUGAUAAGUAUUUGGAAAUUGUUGAGAUUUAUGCUUUGACUCUACUGGCUAGAAUUUUGGGUGAAUUUGAACUGGCCAUAAAUUGGGUCGAGAAAGCUGCAUUGCCUGAGGAUAAAAGGCAGGAGUUGCUCAGAAGGUUGCAUUCGCUAUAUGCUAUCAAGGCCACUAGCUUAUCACAGGGUCCCCUGCCACCUAUGCCAUAUGUGUAUGAAACUCCUUUAAUAGGAGAAGAGAAUGCAUCAGAAGAAUAUAUUAGAUCAGUAGAACAGAAAAGCAUACCAAAUGGAGGAAAUGAUCGGAAGCUAGCACUUCUGAAGUUGUAUGGACAAGGCGAACCUUGUUUCUGGUUGUUUAAGUCAGUCAAUGUGAGAUUUGGCAAUUUUCGGUUAGUCCUAUCUAAUGGGAAGAUCUUGCUGGGAUGCCUGAUGCUGCUCGCAUAUUUUGUUGUGCGAAGGAAGCGAUCUGCCUUGAAUAGGUACGUCAAGGGACAGGUUUUGGCACUGAAGAAUGCUGUGGUAGAUUUUUGGCGGCUUGCGUUUUCUUACCAAGUGAACCCCUUAGCGGAUUUUCAACCCCUUGCUUCCAUGCCCACCCGGGCAUAACAAGUGUUAUCCUGGACUGACUGGAGGCAAUCCGAUUCAAGGGAGCAGGUCUCUUCCGUUGUAUUACCAGGAUGCUUUCCCCUCCCCGGAAGACUUAUGACCCCAUUUGGUUCGACUUUCCCAAGGGGCUUUGGGCCCCCAAAGCCCCUUGGGGAAAAUUUACUCGUCAUGUUCAACAAAUUUACUCUUUACACAAUAAAAGCACAUUUUGUCGUUUAGAUAGAGAAUUGUCGUCUGUCAUUGUACUUUUUCUGUGUUGAUUCUACCAAAAAAGAAAAGGUGACUAUAAAUUGCGAGAAA